AUGACCGACCCUUCGCAACACCCUUUCCCUCCCGUCCGGGCAUGCAUCUUUGAUAUGGACGGACUGUUGAUUGAUUCCGAAGACCUUUAUUCUGUGGCUAUCAAUACGAUCCUUGCGGAAUACUCUCGGCCCCCAAUGCCAUGGGGUAUCAAAGCACAGCUCCAAGGCAGGCCAGUGCCUGAAGCAGCCAAGAUAUUCUCCGAGUGGGCCAAACUUCCUAUCUCGGUGGAGGAGUUUCGAGAAAAGCAGUUCGCGCUGCAACAAGAGCUUUUCCAACAGACAAAGCCGCUGCCGGGGGUUGUCGAACUGUUGAAUAAUUUGACUCGCGCCUCUACCGCGGUUAAGGCCGCCGAUGGCGGUGGCAGUGGUAGUUGUGUUCAGUCGGAUUCCGAAUCUGCAAUCAAAGGACCAAAGAUUGAACUUGCGUUAGCGACCAGUUCUCACACCGAGACCUAUACCAUAAAAACCAAGCAUCCCAGCAGCCUCUUCAACCUGAUCCCGAAUGAACAUAAAGUAUUGGGGGAUGACCCAAGAGUUGCCCCAGGACGCGGGAAACCACUGCCGGACAUCUACCUGUUGGCUUUGGCGACUAUUAACAAAACUUUGGGGCCUACGUCCCAGAUUAAGCCGGAAGAAUGCCUCGUGUUCGAAGACUCGGUACCGGGUGUGGAGGCUGGCAGAAGAGCCGGGAUGAGAGUGGUGUGGUGUCCCUAUCCCGGUCUACUGGAGCAUUAUCGAGGACGGGAGAAGGAGGUGUUGGCGGGCAUAACAGGUGAGCAUAGAGACCUUGUGGCGCCUAACCAUGGCAAAGUGGGUGCUCUGGAUGAUGGGUUCGCAGAUCUAGUGUUGAGCCUAGAGGACUUUUCUUAUGAGAAUUAUGGAAUCUCGAUAUGGUCACCGAUUGCCAGCGAUCGAGUAUGA